AUGACAACUGAACAUUUGAACAAGCUUACAGAAUUAACGACACCAUAUCUUGCUACAGGCGAUUUACCGUUAUCCAUAGCUGUAGCUUUUAGAGUUGGCGAAUCUACAGUCAGGAAAAUAAUAAAGGAAGUUUGUUUAGUGUUAAUUAAAGUUUUACAACCUCUAUAUCUUGUUUGUCCUAAUGAUGAAGAUUGGAAAAAAUGUGCUGAUGGUUUCUGGAAACGUUGGAAUCUUCCUAAUUGUGUUGGAUCGAUAGAUGGGAAGCACAUAAGAUUACGAUGUCCUCCAAAUUCCGGAACUUUAGUUUACAAUUAUAAAAAAUAUUACAGCAUAGUAUUAAUGGCAGUAGCAGAUUCUAUAUACAGAUUUACACUAGUUAAUGUAGGAGCCUACGGAGUGAACUCUGAAAACACAAGAAGAACAUUGAGCAUGAGUACAGACGUUAAGGUAUUGCUGGAGGCGCAGCACGACAUCCACGGUCGGAUCUCCCGCGCCGUGGACAAUCUUCGGAAGAUGGGCGUGAGCAACAUCACCCGCGACGCCAUCCAAGCCCGCAUCAGUAUCCUGGACAACCUCUGGCAGAAAAUGGAGGCCCAGCAUGAGCUCGUUCGAGCAGCGCUGAAAGACCGGUAUCAGGACAGUGAGUACGCUGUAUCCAAUUUUAUCGAAGUCGCGGAGAAUACUUACGUGACGCAACGUAGCACGUUGACCGGCUACGCGGAAAAGCUCAAGGGCGAGGCGUCCGUUGAGGCUAAAGGCGAGCCGAAUCAGGAACAGGCUCCUAAAACCUCGCUGCCGCGCAUCAAGCUUCCGACGUUUUCGGGAUCGUACGAGGAGUGGCCGUCCUUCCGCGAUCUCUUCCUAUCGGUUAUCGGGGGGAAUGCGUCAGUCUCCGACAUCGAGCGCUUUCACUACCUCCGGUCUUGCGUCAAAGGGGCCGCUGAAAAAUUAAUCAAGUCAUUAACAGUGACCGGUGACAAUUAUCAUCGCGCUUGGUCGGUUCUGUGCAAACACUUCGAGAAUAAAAGAGAGCUCAUCCGUUCUAAUUUCGCUGCGUUCACCUCGGUUCCCAAAAUGAAAUGCGAAUCCGCGGAGGAACUCGGUCGCAUCCAUAACGCCGUUACGACCGCGGUAAACGCACAGGAGAGUAUAGGGAGGCCCAUCAACUCCCAUGGCAUGGAUCUCCUUAAUUUCCUCGCUAUCGAGCUUUUUGACUCGCGUACACGGAUGGAAUGGGAGUCCUCUACCUGCGACUCCGCUGAUCCGCCGGAUCACGACACUCUUGUCGACUUCAUCGCCAAGCGCAUUCUUACGCUAAAUGCCGCCAAGCCGAGAUCGCCGCUGAAGAGCUCCGAAAGUCCGUCGCGAACCGCAAAGGCCCACCACGCGAAGACCGGAUCCGACCACUUGAAGUGCGCACUGUGUCAGGGAAAGCACGCGCUCAUGCACUGUAACGUAUUCAAGGCCAAGCCUGCGAUUGACCGAAGGUCCUUUGUGGAACAGGGCAGACUGUGCUAUAACUGCCUCGGGAAUCACUUAAUUUCCAAAUGUCAGUCUGUAAGGACCUGUCUGACGUGCAAGAACAAGCACCACACUACGCUGCACGACGCGUAUGUUUCGUCCUCGUCCAACGAAGCAACCGCUCUAUCCGCGAUGCACUCCGCAUCUGACCGCAAGGCGAUCCUCCUCGCGACCGCCCGUGUGCACAUCACUGAUCGCUCCGGGGAUCUUCAUCCAGUUCGAGCGAUGCUCGAUCAAGGCUCCGAGGUGUCAAUCAUCUCCGAGGCGCUGGUCCAGCGCCUGAGGCUUCCCCGCUCCAGCUCCUCAGUGUCAAUCAUCGGCAUCGGCGGAGCUCGAUCCGGGUCAACCCGCGGCAGGGUGUCGCUCGAUCUCUCCUCGCCGAUCACUGGAGCCAAGCUUAAGGCCGUCGCCUUCGUGCUACCCCGCCUGUCGGCGUAUCAGGGUCCGGCGGUAACCAACCUCGCCUCCUGGCCUCAUGCCCGUGGUCUUGAACUCGCCGACCCCAGGUAUCAGGAGCGCGAUCCGGUCGAGUUAUUGUUGGGCGCCGAAGUUUACUCGAUCAUCCUGGAAGUCGGCCUUCGCAAGGGUGGUCCCCAAGAACCCCUCGCCCAAAAAACUGCCUUGGGAUGGAUUCUGUCAGGAGGGUCCCGCUCGGCGUCCUUCCAAGGUCUCCGCAGCUCCCUGCAGUGCACUGUGGAUCAAGAAUUAAAUCAGCUUGUGCACAACUUUUGGGAACAGGAGAGAGAAUCGUCUCCCCCGGUUGCACCCACGCCAGAGGAAGAGGAGUGUGAAACCUUCUUCACUCUUACUCACCAGCGGACAGCCUCAGGAAGAUACGUCGUACGUCUCCCAUUUUCUUCCUUGCCAACGUCACUGGAUGAGACGCGAAAACCAGCCGGAAGCCUCUUGAACGCUAUGGAUCGUCGGUGCAAGAAAGAUCCUGAAUUCGGAGUUCGGUAUCGAGAAUUCAUGCAGGAAUAUGAGGACCUGAAACAUAUGAGUCCUGUGAAUACGGUCGGCAACGCUGAAUGUUACUUGCCUCACCAUGGAAUCCUCCGCCAGUCCAGCUCCAGUACUAAGCUCCGCGUUGUCUUCAACGGGUCACAACGCACCAGCUCCGGAGACUCCCUCAACCAGCAUCUGUUUAUCGGCGCCAACUUACUGCCAGCCUUAGCUGACGUCCUUCUCCGCUGGCGCCGGCACCGCUUCGUAUUCGUCACCGAUAUCGAAAAGAUGUUCCGGCAAAUACUCGUCCAUCCGGAAGAUCGCCGCUUCCAGCGGAUACUUUGGCACUCAGGGGCUUCCGACAAGGUCCAAGAAUUCGAGCUGAACACCGUGACCUACGGGCUCGCCUGCGCUCCGUUCCUCGCCGUCCGCACACUUCGCCAAUUAGCAGCCGACGAAGAAGCGCGGGGCCCGAAGGGGGCAGCCGCUCUGCGCCGUGACUGUUACAUGGAUGAUGUAAUUACGGGAUCAGACACCUUGCGCGAUGCGGUCGCCUUGCAGACGGAACUCCGAGAGCUUUGCACGGCGGGCGGGUUUCCGCUGCGGAAAUGGGCUGCCAAUAGCGAGACAAUCCUGGAGGGAGUUCCUCCGGAUCAUCGACUCCAGCAGGCGCACCACUCCUGGGAGAACGAGGUGCACUCCACCUUAGGCCUGCGCUGGCAUCCCGCCAGUGACGAAUUCUCUUUCGCGAUCCGGCCUCGAGUCUCUGGGGGGUACACGAAGAGCGUGGUUGAAAGGGCUGGAUUGGGACACUCCGCUCCCAAUUGA